AUGACUCAGGAAAAUUCAAGCACAAUCAUCAAGUUUGUCCUUGUUGGAUUUUCCAAUCACCCCCAGGCUGAGAUGCCCCUGUUCUUUCUCUUUUCUCUGAUCUACCUGGUGAAUCUCUUUGGAAACAUAGUAAUUAUCAUUUUGGUAGUAAUUGAUUCCUGUCUCCAAACACCCAUGUAUUUUUUCCUCUGCCACUUGGCUUUUCUCAAUGUAUUUUAUACCACAACUGUGGUCCCCAAGAUGCUCUGCAACCUCCUUGCUACGAAGAAAGUCAUCUCUUAUGAAUUGUGCUUUGCCCAGACCUACAUCUCCCUGUUAAUGGGGGCAGCAGAGUGCACUCUUUUGGCAAUCAUGGCUCUGGACCGUUUCGUGGCCAUUUGCUACCCUCUGCGAUACCUGCUCAUUAUGAACUGGUCUGCAUGUGUGCAGCUGGCGGUGGGGGCCUGGACUAUCAGCUUCUUUGCCUCGGUGGUGCCUCUCUACUUUACCACAGUCCCCCUCUGUGGCCCUUAUAUUAUUGACCAUAUUUUUUGUGAAGUACCUGUUCUUCUUCAUAUGAGCUGCACUGAUACAUCUCUGCAGGAGACCCUGAUGGUGACAGGAGCCUCUGGUAUUCUCUUGCUCCCGUUCCUGCUCAUUACUCUGUCCUACCUACGCAUACUGGUUGCUGUGAUAAGGAUGCAUUCAGUAGAGGGUAGAAAAAAGGCUUUCUCUACCUGCAGCUCCCACCUGACUAUGGUGACCAUUUAUUAUGGGACAGGUAUGUUUAUGUACAUGAGGCCAAAAUCUCUGUAUUCAGCUGAGAGUGAUAAGUUGAUCUCCUUGUUCUAUGCAGUUAUCAAUCCUGCUUUGAACCCACUAAUCUACAGCCUGAGGAACAAGGAGGUGAAAGGAGCCUGGAAGAGAGUCUUAGAGAGAGUGGUAGUGUCCCAAAGGCAAAGGAUGCUGUCCUGA